AUGGCAUCAACUGGGCAUGUGGACGGAUCGGUGGACUUAUCCUUAAAAAGAGAAAGCCAGUUGGACGAGGAAAAAGUUAGGAGCGCCGUAAAAGCUUUGUUUGCUCACUAUAAACACAAACAGCUGAAGAAGAAAGAUCUUAUUGAAGAAACUGAAACUCUGCGAAUACAGGUUACACUGUGGAAAGUUCCAGUACAGAAGAGUAAAAGAUUCCAAAUAUGCUUACCACAUAGUAUAUUGUCUGAGACUGCUGAGGUGUGCCUCAUUACAAAGGAUGAAAAGAACAUGGGCAGAGAAGAGUGCCAGGAAUUUUACGAAAAAUGGUUGGCUGACAAAAAUGUUACUACAGUCUCACGGGUUAUGCCUCUAAGGGUUUUGAAGAAGGAAUACCGUCCAUUUGAGCUUCGCAGAAAAUUGGUCGCACAGUAUGACUUGUUUCUUGCAGAUGACAGAAUAUUUCGUUUAUUAGAUACUGUCACUGGAAAGGAAUUCAACAAGAAGAAAAAAUAUCCAGUGGGCAUAAAUCUCAAAAAGAAUAACUUAGCCAAGGAAAUCAACUCUGCUAUAAAUGCAACAUAUUUUGUAUUGAUUGGCAGAGGUAAUUGCAGUGGGUUCUCAGUGGCAAAUACAAGUAUGACCGUUGAGGAGGCAGUGGAAAAUAUCAUGGCAGCAGUUCAAGAUCUAACUCGCAAGAUACCACGAGGAUGGCCAAAUAUCAGAUGUUUAUAUCUAAAAACAAAAAGAUCUGUAUCCAUUCCACUCUAUACAUCAAUAGAGUAUGAGCAGCAAGUCAAGGAAUCCAAAACGGAAAAGGUGGAGCAAGAGGGAGAUGGAAACGAAUCAGGAUUUGUGGAAGAAGAGGAAACUGAUACAAAAACACCAGUCACUAAGAAAAAAAAAGAAACAACAAACACAGAUAAAAUAACCAAAAAGAAGAGGAAAAGUCUUGGUAGUUUACUAACGUCGUCAAAAAAAAAGAAAACAAUAAAAACAUGAAACUGUUAUAAAUAUGUAAUUACCUAAGCAAAUCACGGGUAUACAAUAAACAUUUUUGAAAUUGUCUAAUA